AUGAAUUUGGCCAGUAUUGAUAUCACCUGUGACGAAGCGAUACCAGCCACGGAAAUGCUCGACCUGUAUCUUAAACAAGCGUGCGACAGUUGUAUGCCUAAGGGCAGGUACACAGGAGGCAAAAAACCGGCUUUUUGGUGGUCGCAGGAGAUAGAAAAACUUCGUGAGGAAUGCAACAGAACGAGACGCCGUGUCAAGAGGGGACGCCUGCAGCCGGAUCAGGAUCAAAGGCGGGAGGAGUUUGGACGUGCUAGGAAAGAACUGAAAGUGGCCAUCAGAGUCAGCAAACGGAACAGCUGGAACGACCUACUGAAACAGGUAGAAGUGGAUCCAUGGGGCCUACCAUACAAAUUGGUGACCAAAAAACUAGUUGGUAGGAGACCCAUUCCCGGACUUUCCACGCCAGGAAGAGUGGAAUCGAUCGUCGACGCUCUAUUCCCGAGGGAGGCAACCAUCGCCUGGCCACCACGCAUGGAAACCCAUGACUUCCCAGCGGUCACCAGAACGGAAAUUGUGGAGCUCAGCAGCAGGAUCCCCCGAGGAAAGGCACCGGGACCUGAUGGUGUACCCGACCUGAUUGUAAGAAACGUCGCUAGGCACAAGCCAGAGAUACUACGGGACAUCUUUAAUAAAUGUCUAAAGGAGAGCGUCUUCCCACAUCGUUGGAAGAUAGCGAAGCUCGUGCUUCUAAGGAAAGGGGACAAACCUCUCGAGGAACCCUCCUCUUAUAGACCAAUUUGCUUGCUAAACACGGUAGGCAAAUUUUUCGAAAGACUAAUAAAGACCCGCAUCGAAAAACAGCUCGAGGAAGCCGGUGACCUCGAUGACCGUCAAUACGGUUUUAGAAAGGGGCGGUCGACGGUGGACGCCAUAAGACGCGUGUUGGAUGUUGUAGAAGCAGCCGGCUCUGGACAGCUUUACAACAGAAAGCUGUGCGCAGUCGUGGUGUUGGACGUGGCGAAUGCUUUCAAUUCGGCAAGAUGGCCGAGGAUAGUAAAGGCCAUGAGGGAUAAAGGUAUGCCUCCCUACCUCGUUGGUAUAAUCGAGAGCUACCUUAGUGACCGGACUGUGGUCCACGGAGAGAGCUCAACACCCACCACGUGCGGUGUCCCACAAGGUUCAGUGCUUGGGCCUCUCCUGUGGAAUAUAAUGUAUGACGAACUCCUGCAAGUGGACACAGGAGGCAAUGAACGAGGUAUGUCGUCCACGGAACUGGUGGCCUUCGCCGAUGACGUGGCUGUGGUGGCAACAGGCCAUACUACGUGGAUACUAGAGACGGUUAUCAAUCAGGCAUUGGAUAAAGUUGCCGAGUGGAUGAUGGGUGCUGGACUAUCUCUGUCGGUUAGGAAGACAGAGGCAGUCAUGUUGACGACGAAGAGGGGAUACAGUCAGCCGAGCCUCUCAAUCUUAGGCAGCCGCAUCGAACUGAAAGAGAGCAUAAGGUAUUUAGGAGUCGUGCUGCACAGGGUACUCGGGUUUAGGGCGCACGUGGAAUCGGCAGCGGCCAGUGCACAAGUCACGGCGACUGCGCUAUCAAGGCUUAUGCCUAACAUUGGAGGCCCGAGGCAGAAAAAGAGGUCCCUCCUGGCUACGGUUGUGGCAAGCAAGCUUCUGUAUGCAGCGCCGAUAUGGGGUGCAGCGAUGGCGUUUAAUCGCAAUGUAACGACGUUGGAAAGGCCUCAGAGGGCCAUCGCGAUACGGACCAUAAUGGCGUACAGGACGGUGUCAACGGCAGCGGUGUUGGUGAUCGCAGGGAUGAUACCGGCCCACCUCUUAGCCUGGGAGAGGUGCGAGAGAUAUAAGCGGAGACACGAGCCAGACGCAGCAAGGGCAACGUCAGAGAUCCGUUCAGAGACAUUGAGGAAAUGGCAGACAGAGUGGGCAAACGAGAGCAAUGGAGGAUGGACAAGGAGGUUGAUCCAAGACAUCAACUUGUGGAGGGGCAGGAAACAUGGGUUAUUGGAUUUCCACAUCACGCAACUGCUGUCCAAUCAUGGAUGCUUUGGUGAAUACCUCCACAGGAUCGGGAAGCUGGACACGGCAGCAUGUGUGGAUUGUCAAGAACAAGUUGAUGAUGCGGAACAUGUCUUCUUCGUCUGCGGCAGAUGGUGGAAACAACGCAGGGCGCUGGAGGUGGAGGUGGAAGAGGACGUGUCCCCCGAUAACAUCGUGAGUAUCAUGGUGGAGAAACGGAGCAAUUGGGAAGCAGUUGUCAGAUUCGUCAACCUCGUCCAGUCCACAAGGGAGCACGAGGAAAGGGUGCGACAGCGACUUAGGGUAGAAUGA